UUCGUUGCCUUAGAUCACAUUUCCCUUACAUUUUCGUCGCUUGUAAUGCUCCCAAAUUUAAACACUUGGCAACGGUUUUCAUGUCAUCAGAAAUGGAGUCAUUGAACUUCUUAUUAUUAUGUAAAAUGAAGAAAAUUGAUAGUUGCGUAAGAUUUAAACGGGUUCAGUAUUUUUGUACGCAGUAUGGACCGUUGACGUAUGAUGACAAAUGUAUCUCCGAAUUUCGGAGGUUAACCAGAGGUUAAAAGAGGUUUUUUUUACAGUUUAUCGAGUCUUAAUACCACACACAGUUCGUUUUGAAAUGUUGUUUGUCUUUAAAAAUUGCACUACUACUUCUUAAUACCUUUCCUCACAAAUUGCAUCACUGAUUCUGACCUUUUUUCAUGCCACUGAGGUCUCUGAGAGAAAAUAGAAUAUGACAAAAAUGGGAUUCUACAGGAAUAAGAUGAACUUUAAAGCUAUCAUAAUGCUUCUAUCAUCAUUUAUUCUAUGCAACAUUAUAAAUUAUUCUACUGGUCAAUCAUUAGUUCAAAAAAGGGUCAUGUCUGCGGAUCAUAUCAAAGCAGCUUUACUGGGUCAUCACGUCAUUCCAGACGUCAUACCAAAAGCUCCCAAGAAAUUAUUUAAGGUAUCAUUUAUUGAUGGAUUUACUCCCAAAUUAGGGAAUAUAUUGGCGCCAAUAGUUUUGAAGUUCCCUCCAUUUUUCAUACGUUGGCCGGCAGAAAAUGACACACUUUACACGAUGGUGAUGACUGAUCCAGACAUGCCGUCCCGACAUCAACCUUUCCUUCGCGAGUGGAACCACUGGCUCGUAGGUAACAUGGUCGGCCCUGACCUAUCCACCGGUGAUACGAUUGCGGAAUAUCUCCCCCCUGAACCACAGCAAGAUUCAGGUUACCAUCGAAUCACUUUUAUUGUUUUUAAACAGCCUGAACACAUUAAUUUCACCGAACCACAUCUGGAAUAUGAACGUAAUGAUACGCGGAGAACUCAUUUUUCCACCCGAAAAUUUGCCGAAAAGUACAAGUUAGGGAAUCCGGUUGCAAUCAACUUUUGUCUGACCGCCUUUAACAGGAGCUCGAUUGACGGAAUUGAUGAUCUCUGUGAAAGCCACAGUGCCUAGUAAGUAACGAAAAAAGGGUUGAUAAUAUACGCAUUUUUCCUUCUCAACAACUAAGAAACUUGUGCAGAAAGAAACCUGGCAACCUUAUUACUAGACACUUCCUGAAGCUGAAUGGAAGCCGUUGCACGAGGACCAGAAAUCUUAUCCAAUGGUUGGCAUUAACGCGUUUAAUUUAGACCACUGCGGGAGAUAGAGAAAAGAAACGAAACAGUAAAUUGUACAUUUUGAAAUUUAAACUUUAGUGUCCUGGCGCAAACUCAAACUUUGACCUCUGUCCUGUAUACAGAGUUGUUCUUUUCCUAAUGAAUUAUUUACAUUGUAUUUAUUGGAAAAAUUAAGGAAUUAUUGUCAUGUAAAUAUCAAGAAUUUUCGCCGAAUAUGUAUCAUUCAACACUUCAUUUAAAAUAAUCUCAUCAAAAAAUUCAGUUUGCAUUACUAUCCUUGUUUAUAGAAAAAUCUUAGAGCUACAAGUUUGUAAACCAAUAGGCAGGUCAAAAAAUGAACUAUUAGACGACCUACCAUUUUUUGAGCUCAGUAUCAUCCUUUCAAAAUAAUAUCAUCAAAUUAUUUCUCUCUUUAAACGGGUUAAUCUCCAAAUUCAAUCAAUUUCUUGCCCUAUACUAAUUACUUUGUCUUUUUCUCCUUUCUUUUUUGCCUUGUUAUUGCUCUCCUCUCACGUCCCUCCCCUCUGCUCUCAGUCACUCUUCACAUUUCUCCUCUCUGGUUAUUGUAUUUUUCAGGGUGUUACAAUGGUUAAUACAUUGUUAAGCACAUUCGUUCAAAUAUACACACACUCUCCAAAGCAGGCAGAAAUAUCCUUCAUCUUAAAAUUCGUAUUCAAUCUCAAUGCGUAACUGGAGACAACUGAUAGUUUGCGCCUUUUAAAAGCACGUAAACGUGUUUGACGUAAACUCUAUAACAUUUUAAGUGCACGUGUCGAACUUUAUGGAAUCUGACCUUUUGUACGCUUCCAAUAUGAGAGGUGCUUAUUUUGGGGAUAAUGAUACAUUUUGGACGAAACUCUGUGAAUUAUCAUACAAAUUUUGAUCAAAUGCGGUGACACUUCCUUUCAGUGUUUAUAGUAUAUAUCAGUCUAUAUUUGUGGUCUUUAUAUUAUUCAAUGUAAUUGCUUUAUGUUUAUGUGCAUAAAGUAGUUAGUGAGGCAUAUUUUACCAUCAAUACUCUUACCUUUUAUUGUUACUUGGAGAUUAAUCCUUCCUAAACGCUGUAGUUUUCACUGAGAUCAUCAAAUCCAUCAAUUGAGCUCCUGUUAAAGGCGGCCAGACAAAAGUUGAUUGCAAUCGGAUUCCCUAACUUGUACUUUUCAGCAAGUUUUCCGUGUGUAAUGAGCCGUUUUUGUAUCAUUACGUCAAAGUAAUAUUCGAACAUACACGCUAAACUUUCGGGAGAGACAUCAAAAAAGGAACUAAAUAUGUCAAUCAUAUUUACGAUAAAUACACAAACUUAAUGAAAUAUGACUACUUUAUGAAAUAUCCACCUUUUCAAUAAAACAGCUGAUUAUCUUAGGGAUGAUAAAUGUUUAACGAGACUCUUUGAAUCAAAAUAAAAAAAUCAUCAAAUGUA